AUGGGGAUGUCGAUCAGACAGUCGACUUAUAUAAUACGCAGCAAGCAAUACAAUACGAAACGGUUUGCCUUCAUGCGCACCAUGACCCUCCGCAUCGACAACUACUGCCCCAUCUCGGACAGGCCAACCAUGCACAUGCUGGAGGACUACUGGGCGUCGCAUCUGGCCAAGAAGACCUAG